GUCGUCUUGUAGUAAACAAAUAUGGCUCUUAGGCGCUUAAAUUGUUGUGUUUCGUUUUCAUGGAAAGUGAAGUAUUCUACCCACAGUGACCCUUUGGGCACUAAAUUAAAAGAAAGACAAGCCCAAAUGAUGAAGAAAGGUUUGCCGGUCAAAAAACCAAUCGAAGGCGUAAAAAAUGUCAUACUAGUCGCCUCUGGUAAAGGUGGUGUUGGCAAAUCCACGGUGGCAGUCAAUCUUGCGCUUGCACUGAGUCGGCACUUACCUACACAAGAUGUGGGUCUGCUAGAUGCUGAUAUAUUUGGCCCUUCUAUUCCUACCAUGAUGAACCUUUCUGGGAAUCCCAUGCUGACGGAAAAAAAUCUCAUCAAACCACUUGUCAACUACAAUAUCAAAUGCAUGUCAAUGGGAUUCUUGGUUGACAACAAAGCCCCGGUUGUUUGGAGAGGCCUCAUGGUUAUGUCAGCGAUUGAAAAGCUCCUACGUCAAGUAGACUGGUCGCCGUUAGACUACCUCGUAGUAGACAUGCCUCCCGGCACGGGCGACACCCAACUCUCCAUCGCGCAAAACGUCCCAGUAGCUGGAGCCAUAAUCGUCACCACGCCACAGGAAAUAGCUUUGAUUGAUGCGCGCAAAGGGGCGUUGAUGUUUCAAAAAGUGGGCAUUCCCGUUCUCGGUCUGGUCAACAACAUGUCCUCCUAUGCGUGUCCCAACUGUGGCCAUCACAGUCAUAUUUUUGGCGCCUCUGGCGCUGAGAAACUCGGAAAAGAAAUCGGUGUAGAUGUCUUGGUGGAUAUACCGUUAGACACCUCUAUAAUGGAGGCUGCUGACGGUGGCUAUCCGAUUGUUAUCUCUUCUGCAAGCAAUAAUCCCCUGGUCCAGGCGUACAUGUCGUUAGCCGAAAAGGUUCUAGGUCGAUUGAGUGCUAUUAAGAAUGAGACGAGCCGGUGAUAGAAAUCAGAAAGAUACAGUGAGGCACUGACAGUCAAAGGAGAUUACGUGUGUGAGUAAAUGAGUAAGGAAAAUUGAAAAUCAUUUUCUGAUUUGAGAGUAAAAAAAAGAAAAAGUUCCAUGCGGUUUAUUUGGUUGUUAGUGCGACUAGACAUCGGCUUCGUCACGUGACCCUUUUUCGUUUCCAAACUGUAUGCCAUCCCCCAUAAGCUCGAGAAGAAAAAAAAAAUUGGGAAAACAAUACAAUUAUUAGGAAAAAGGAAA